AUGGUAUCUACCCGAGCCACCGCUAACGCCCCCUUGCUCGCCGCUACCGUCGCCGCCGGCACCAAUUCUAUGGUGCAGACCAUGGAUGCACUCUCACCACCUACCACUGGGACCGGUGAGACGAAUUCCGACGACAUGGAGGUUGAAAUUCACGAUUUGACCUCUCCGGUGGCCGAAAUGCGCGAUUUUGGCUUGAACUCGUUUUCGGCGACACGCGACGCCGCCUCCACCGAUCCUGCUUCACCCCCUAUGGUGCGUGAGUAUGCCACCUCCCCGGGUCCCAUGGUACCGGUCGGUGUGCCAAACGGUACCUCAAACGGCGCCACGGGUGCAAAGUUGGGUUCCACGAUGACGCUGGGCCACCACCCGACCAUGGCUAGCCGGCCUGGGACCACCACCGCGAGUGCUGCAACCGCUCCUGCGCCUAUGCUGCGUGACCGGUCAGCCUCACCACCAUCCACCGGGCCUACCAGAGUGGCCAGCGACGUCAUGGACGGCGGCGAUCACGAUUCGGGGUCGCCGGUGACCGCCAACGACGAUUCUGGCCGUUCGGGCCUAUCCACCGCCAACACCGUCAGCCCUGGCGAUGCGCGAAGUGAUGUGCUGUCCCAAGCUAUGUUACCUGCUCGUGUUGGUGACGCUGGAUCGUCCGAAGACGUCAACCCACGCUCGAACUCCUCGCACCCAAGGGGCUCUGCAGCUUCGGCUACGACUGCCGCCUCGCCGCCGUCGACUGAUCCAUGGACCACCUUCGCUGCCAAGCGUGUCGAGGCGACCAAGGCGUCACGGGCGAAGGAUGUGGGCACGUACCGUCCAUCCAUGGCCGAUCUGGAGCCGCUCCUUGCCAAGCACACU